AUGAUGUUAUAUGCGCUAUUUUUCCUAUUCGCAUCAGCAGCAGCUCUCCCUUUAGAGAAUGCAAACGACGCAAACCAACCAGUGCUAAGCGAUGGGAGUAAUAGUGAGCACAAGAAAGAAAAAUGGGAGUUUGGAUGGUUCGGCCAUGGUUCCGGUGAAGGCCCACACCACAGAGGAGAAUGGGACCCACGAUAUGGUGGAUGGCAUGAACAUGGGCUACACCAUGGCCAUAGACUUCCAGGAUAUGGAUAUGGUCCACGAAAUCACUGGGACUCUGAUGAAAGACCAUUUGGCGAUCAUCGCCGUGGACAUCCUCCACCACCUCCUCCAGGACAUCCUCCACCACCUCCACCUGAUGGAGAACAUCCUCCUCCACCUCCACCUGAUGGAGAACAUCCUUCUCCUCCUCCUCCUCCUGAUGGAGAACAUCCUGCCCCUCCUCCUGGCGAUCAUUCUUCCCCUCCUCCUGAGGAACACCCUGCUCCUCCAGAAGGAGAAAACGCGCCAGCUCCAGAAAAGAGUGAGGAAUAA